AAAAUGAGGAUGGCUUCGGUGGCUGUUUUCAAAAUGUCUGUCAAUUGACUGAUAUGUGGUUUUGUUUGUGUAUGCAAGAUACAUUGAUGCAUAUGAAAAAUACCUUCAUUGUGUUGUUUGAAUUCCACCAAAUCCAUAUUGCCUUUCAUGAAAAGCUAGUUUUGAGGUAAGCCUGGUUCAUCCCAGGUCAUACUCCAUACUGUAUUUACACUGAACAACAAAAAUGUAAAAGCAACGUGAAUUGUACCAGACAUUUUCCACAUGCACAAAAAGCUAAUUUCUCAAAAAUGUUGUGCACAAAUUUGUUGAUAUCGCUCUCAGUGAGCAUGUUUCCAUUGCCAAAGAUAAUCCACCCACCUGACAGGUGCGGUAUAUCAAGAAGCUGAUUAAACCGCAUGAUCAUUACACAGGUGCACCUUGUGCUGGGGACAAUAAGAGGCCGCUUUAAAAUGUUAAAUGUUGUUGCACAACACAAUGCCACAGACGUUUUGAGGGAGCUUGCAAUUGGCAUUCUGACUGCAUGAAUGUCCACCAGAGCUGUUGCCAUUGAACGUUCAUUUCUCUACCAUAAGCUGCUUCCAACAUUGUGUUAGAGAAUUUGGUAGUGCGUCCAACCGGCCUCACAGCCACAGACCACGUGUAACCACGCCAGCCCAGGACUUCCACAUCCAGCUUCUUCAUCUGUGGGAUCUUCUGGAGGGGGGACUCAUUCUGAUUGACUGGACCUGGCUCCCCAGUGGGUGGGUCUGGCUUCCAAGCUGGUGGGCCUAUGCUGUCCCAGGCCCACCCAUGGUUCCACCCAUGCCCAGUCAUGUGAAAGCCAUAGAUUAGGGCCUAAUGAAUUUAUUUCAAUUGACUGAUUUCCUUUAUGAACUGUAAAUCACUAAAAUCUUUGAAAUUGUUGCAUGUUGCGUUCAUAUUUUUGUUCAGGAUAUAUACCUUUUUGAGGCUUUCGUUGAGUGGUGAUUUUAGCUGUAAUGAGAAUAGAACACUUUUACAUAGAGUUGGGUCAGCAAAACCUGCUCAUAACUCUCUCCUUUACGACUCAGUGAGACCGCUCAACAUCACCGUUGCUCAGGCUCAGCUCAGAAGCUCUCAUACCAGCCAUGGCACUAAUGGCUCCUGGAGAAACCUAUUUUACAGAAAAAAUUCAGAGCCCAACUAUCCAGAUGAUGAAAUAUCUCCAGUGUAGAAGAGAUGCAUUAGGAGGACUGGCACUGUUCACAAAGAACUCCAAUAGCAUACUCAGUUACUGCGUUAAAACGAGUUAACCUAGAGAGGAGAUGACACUAAGAUUAUCUAGGGACAUGAGUAUUAUUCCUUUCCAUAAUUUCUGGUUCUCAACACUGUGGGUAUGAUUUUGGGUGUUUUUUAUUUAAUUUUUUAUAUUUAUUGUAAGUUACUUGAUAUUCCCCAUGGGGGACUCGUUCUUACUUGUUUUGUAAUGGUUCUCUUUUCUCAUUUAUUUACAUGAUUUUGCAUGGAUUACUGUUUUACGUAUGCAUUGAUCUCUUACGGUGUAACAGUUUGAUUUGGGUGUUUGUUUUCUUUCAUCUUUGUUCAAUGUCAUUGUGUGUUUCUAUGUGUUUCUUUUGUGUCUGAACAGAACCAUUUGGACAGAAUGCAGGUCAAGGUUCGCGACCUGGAGCUGAAAUGCAGGUCACAGACUGAACAGUUUGGCCAGCUGUCCAAGGACCUGGAGGAUUUCCGUUUGGAGGCGGAUACUGUAGACAUUCUCAGCACUGAGCCUUUCUCCAAACACGACGUUCCCUUUCACCCGGAAAAUAAACUCUCCCAAAUCCUCAACGGACUGGCAGCCCAGGCAGGGAAAGGCGAUGAGGGCUCGGCAAACACUCGGCUGAUAUCCAAGUUCCUCCGCCCACUGCAGAUCGGAGACAGAGACAGGCCGGAGCUGCUGUGUGUCAAUCCCUCCGCCGUGACAACGAGCUGCCCCAGCAGCCCGCGACGGGCGACUCCCUCAGAGAUGGAGGAUGAGAUCCGUCGUGCACCCAGGUCCAAGCCUCGCUACACUGGCGCAGUCCGUCUAUGCACCGCCCGCUACAGUUACAACCCUUAUGAUGGACCUAAUGAGCACCCAGAGGCAGAGCUCCCCCUGGUGGCUGGGAAGUACCUGUAUGUGUACGGCACGAUGGAUGACGACGGCUUCUACGAAGGGGAGCUGCUGGAUGGCCAGCGAGGACUGGUCCCCUCCAACUUUGUGGAGUUUGUACAAGACAAGGAGAAACCAUCCAUCCAGCCAGGGGACACAGGGGAGGACCUGGGCUCUCUGGACAAUACCUCCCUUGGCCUAAUGGGGGCCGAUGGAGGGCCCCCUCAGGAUGGGCUACUGGGCUCCACCAACCCACUGGGCCCCUGCAGCAACGGCACAGGCACCCUGGACCCUGAGGAUCUGUCUGAUGACAUUGUGCCUUACCCCCGGAGGAUCACCCUAAUCAAGCAGUUGGCCCGUAGUGUAAUUGUGGCCUGGGAGCCCCCCAUGGUGACCAUGGGCUGGGGAAACAUCAGCUGCUACAACGUGCUGGUGGACGGCGAGGUGCGUGCCAGCGUGCCCUACGGGGGCAGGACCAAGUCUUUGUUGGAGAAGCUGGAUCUGGACACGUAUACGCACCGCGUGUCCGUGCAGAGUGUGACAGACAGGGGACUGUCGGACGAGCUACGCUGCACCCUGAUGGUGGGAGCCAACGUGGUGGUGGCGCCGUACGGCCUGCGUGUGGACGACAUCCUGCGCGACUCGGCCGAGCUCUCCUGGUUGCCCAGCAACAGUAACUAUGGGCACACGGUGUUCCUGGAUGGGGCGGAGCAUGCGGUGGUGCGGCCGGGGAGGUACAGGCUGCGCUUCGUCAACCUCAAGGCCAUGACGGUGUACAAGGUGAGGGUGGUGGCCCGGCCACACCAGGUGCCAUGGCAACUGCUCAUGGAGCAGAGGGAGAAGAAGGAGACUGCUGUGGAGUUCUGCACACAAGCUGCUGGUCCUGGACCAUAUUCCAGAUCAGGCCCCCCAUUACCCCCUCAGGAGGUGCAGGUGCAGUGUGGCCAGGCCCCAGGGGUCCUGCAGGUGCGCUGGAAGCCCCCUGUCCUCUCACCCACCGGAACCUCCAAUGGAGCCAGCGUCAUCGGAUAUGCAGUCUGCACUAAAGGACAGAGGAUAGCGGAGGUGUUAUACCCCCUGGCUGACUAUGUAACAGUGGAGCUGAACAGGAUCCAGUGUCUGGAGGCCAGGGAGGUCAUCGUCAGGACGUUGUCAGCACAGGGAGAGUCCCAGGACUCCCAAGUCGCCCCCAUUCCAAACAACCUACUGGUGCCUCUUCCUCACAAUGCCCCCCUGCCCCCUCCGCACCUACACGCAGGGCCCCCUCCACCUCACCCCCAUGCCCCCCCAACCCACCUCCAGUCACCUCACCUCCCCCACCCCCAACUACCCAUGCCUCACCCCCAGCCUCUCUCACCCCUGCCUCACACACAACCCCUCCCUAACCACCCUCCUCACCCUCAACCCCAGCCACACCUCCAACCCCUGCAACCUCAUCCUGUCUCCCAGCCCCAGACUCACCAACAGCCUCACCCCCCUCACCCUGGUGGUCCUCCACAGCCACUGCACCUCCAGCCUCACCCACCUCACCCAAUGCCCCAGCACCGCCUACCCCUGCUGCCUCAUCCACCCCCCCAGCUCCACCAGAGACCAGUUAGUGCCAGAGACCUGGAACCGAAAGAGCAGGUGGCCCACCAUGGGGGAAUCCCCAGCCAGCCCUGGGACCCUACCUGCUCCCCCUCCGGCCAGCCUCCUCCUACCCCCAUGCACGGACACACCCUGGAGGCGCCCCCCUCUGCUAACCUGCGCUCGCCCUCCCCCCAGAGGAUCCUGCCCCAGCCCAGGGGCACCCCCAUCCCAGACCAAAUGGCCAAAGCCAUCGCCCGCAAGGCAGCACAGAGGGUGGCUGCAGAGAGUGGCAGAAUGGAGAGGAGAGUCAUCUACAAUGAGCAGUGUCAGGCCUUCCACCAACAGAAUUCAGACGAGGAGGAGGAGGAUGAGGAAGGGAAAGGUCGAAGCCGCAGGAGACAGGGGGCCUCAGUGGAUGAGUUUCUCAGAGGGUCCGAGCUGGGCAGGCCGGCCCACUACAGCCACAGUGAGGAGUACCACAGUGACAGCAGCCGGGGCUCUGACCUUUCUGACAUCAUGGAGGAGGAUGAGGAGGAGCUCUACUCUGAGAUGCAGCUGGAGGAGGGACGACGACGCAACUCCCACAAUGCACUCAAGAUUGGGAACACCCUCUCCGGGGGUCGGCUGGAUCGGGAGACGGGGAGAAGAAUGCCCCGAGACGGUCCACAGCCCCAGAGACGCCCUCUCAUGGUGCCCUCCAUUGAGAUAACCACAGAGAGUAACAGUGAUGGGAACCUCUCAUCUGUCACGGAGGAUGUUUACUAUGGCAGUGUAGCACGGCACAGGACAUGGUCGUCCCGCCGACACCCCACGGGCUCCAAGCCUUCCUAUAAUGAGGGAUACAGGGACCGGGAACGCCGCUCCCCUCCUAACUACGAUGAAUCGGAACCAGAGGAAUCCUUCCGGAUUUUUGUGGCUCUGUUUGACUACGACCCCCUGUCCAUGUCUCCCAACCCGGACGCAGCAGAUGAGGAACUGCCCUUCAAAGAGGGCCAGAUCAUUAGGGUAUAUGGUGAUAAGGACACAGAUGGUUUCUACCGAGGGGAGAUCAGGGGAGGCAGGAUGGGGCUCUUGCCCUGCAACAUGGUGUCAGAGAUCAGGGCUGAGGACGAGGAGACCAUGGACCAGCUCAUCAAGCAGGGCUUCCUCCCGCUCAACACACCAGUGGAUAAAGUAGGAAUAGGGCAGGACAGACGAGGCUUCCGCCAGCACCAGGCCACCAGGAGGAUGGUGGCCCUCUACGACUAUGACCCCAGAGAGAGCUCCCCCAAUGUGGAUGUGGAGGCUGAGCUGACCUUCUGUGCUGGUGACAUCAUCUCUGUAUUUGGAGAGAUUGAUGAAGACGGGUUCUACUAUGGUGAAAUCAAUGGCCACCGCGGCCUCGUCCCCUCUAAUUUUCUAGAAGAAGUGCCUGACGACGUGGAGGUGUACCUGACGGACACUCCUUCUCACUAUGCCCAGGACGAGCACGCCAACCGGGCAGAGGCCAAAAGGGUAGCCAUGGAUACCACAGAGAGUACGGCCCCGCCUGUCCGAGCAGCGUCCCCCACAGUGCGUCCCCUGUGUCCUCCAGGUACCAUGCGGCCCAUCAGCCCCGCCAGGGGCCCCAGGGACCCCCGGGACAACAAAAAGAAAAAGGGACUGCUUUCCAAGGGGAAGAAACUGCUCAAGAGAAUCUCUCCGGUAAAAUAAACUGUCCCCAGCUGACCCCAGAAAAGAUGCUGGGCCCAGUAUUGUAAAUUGCAUACAGUACACACAAUCAAAUCAGCCAAAUCUACAGCACACAACUACAGUGGCUACGUGUUCGUAUGUAUUACAGGACAAUAUAUGUGAGCCUAAUCUAAUAUAGUCAGCGAUACAACAUUCAUGUUCUAGUGAUGAAUACACAUAUUUACGUACAUGUACUCAGUGCCAAAUUCAAUGAGAACUUUGCUCACAUACUGUAUAACUGUGAUAUAUUUGAGGUGGAGGAAAAAAUAGGAGUAUAAACUAGGACUUUCAUUACAUUUUACCACGGGUUUUCUUUAAUCAAAUGGUUAUUAAGGGACUUUGGAAAUCAGGACAAUGCUGAUAAUGCAUUUGUGUGCAUUUGUUACGAGUAGGGUAACAACAGAGUAGCCUAUUUUUUUUUGUUACAACCUGAGCUGGUUUCCAUGGCAAUUGUGCCAAUAUAAGGUCUCUAAAAUACAUGGCGUGGCAAAAACAAGUUGUUGUGAUAGUCAGAUGUCAAUACUAGGAGACAGACCAUACUCCUGGAACACUAGAGCAACAACUCAACUACACUGUUAUUGAUGGCAUUCUGUCAGUAAUGCUGGCUGCUAAUACAGAGGCUUUAUUCAGUGCAAUACAUCACAACCAUGAGGGUGACAAAGGGUUGAAUCACUCACAGAACCUAGACGUCUGCAGGGUGGUUGGCCACAGAGCAUUACAGACAGGAGAGGAAGCUACAUUGGGUAAGACGUUUGAACCAUCUCAGUGGCCUUUAUGAAAACAAUAUGAGCAUGACAUUCCUCGUUUUCUAUGGUUGAACAAGGUUGUUUUUAAACUAACACUAGUCUGCCAAGAACCCCUGCUGCAUCUCUGCAGCUUUGUUUGAUAAAAAAAAGACAGUUAAAUAGAACCUUCUGUGUUUGCCUUUCAAUUGCACAAAGGGGUAUGUUUUGUCUGAUGAAUGGAAAAGCAUUGUUGUGUGUGUGGGUGUAGGUGCAGGCUGUGUGUGUGCUCAGUGUGCAUUCAUGUCUGUGCAUUCUUUUUUCCAAAAAGAGGACAUGUGGUUAGGAGUCAUGUGAUCUUAGUGGUGUGCCGCUAACUACAUUGCCGGUGUAAUGUUCAGUUCUGAGGGUUGUGUUACCCACUCAGCCAUUUCAGUAAAGAUGUCUAGGUGUGCCCUCAAGAUUCUGCACCGUUUACUUGUUUACACCUAUUGGCAAGAGAAAGGGAGUGAUGACCUACAUACUGUACCUACAACCUCUAAACCAGUAGUCAUGUGGCUUAUGGGCUAAAUGAGGGCUAAAUAGAGAAUGCAUCCAGCUGAUUGUCAUUUACUGGGGAGGCUGUUAUAGCCACUAGACAAACAUUGUCCUGUAUUUUUGACAGCUUUUAAAGCCCUAUAUUAACCCAUUUUCAUAACCCAUGAUCCCAUUCUGUAAUAGUUUAGCAUCACUACAGUUGCUGUACAGCCACCAUUUGAUGUGCAUAAUCAUAAUGGACUAUAUGUCAAUCCAUGAUUCACAAUAAAAUAUGUUUAAAUGUGAUUGAUAGUGAAAACCAGUCGGAGAGAGACCUAUCAGACACGUUCUUUAAAUGCCCAUCAGCUAAGAUAUUUAAGGCAAGUGUAAUAUCCCGCUGUAUAAUGAUUACAGGGAUCGUCUGUUUAUUAAAAAAAUAGAAAAUCUAAAGAUGGAUUGCCAAAAAGGAAUGUAUGAAGUGUUGAGCAGGCAAAAUAGUUUAUAUUUUAUUAUGCAUCCAAAGUUAUGCAUUAUGUUGUGCAUUCAUUUGUUAAAAGGUGUUAAAGUCAUAAUACCAGAUCAUUCAUUUGUGAAUGCGUGUAUGUCUAUGUUGUUGCAUUUUUGUACUUUUUCCAUUUGUAGAUAAUUUCUAAAUGUUUAUACUUGAUUUUCAGACUGCCUUUUUAGUGCUUUAAGAUGUAUUCUUACUGUAAACAGUGCAAGCAUUCUCCAUUGUGUCCUCAAGAUAAGAUGUUUAAGUCUGUGGUUAUGUGCUUGCUCUGUGAAUCAAAGAGAAAAAGAUAGAAGUCAUUGGACAAUAUUUAUGGUGAUCAAAUAUUGUGUGCAUGUGCAAAAACUAUUUUUUUUUUUAAAUCAAAAAUAAAUUUGAUAUUUUGUAGAA